GAAUGGCUUACCCGAUUAGCCGAACCAUAUUGUAAUUUUGCUCCCUUGGACAAGGAACAGCAACCUAGGUAUGAUGCUGGGAAGGAUCUAAUAGUCAAGAGCGUCGAAGUAACUUUUGGACCUCUCGAAUGGCGUUUGGAUCCAGUACAUACAAAAGCUGAUCUAGUUGAACAGUGGCAACAAGAUGAAAAUUAUCUGCUCGAGGAAUAUCUGGAAUGGUUGCCGGAGUCAUUGCACGGAGCAGUUACGGUGAUGUGGCCUCCUCUUGAACGGAAAACCACGAAGAUGGGCAGGAAUAAAAUCUAUAUCUAG